CUAACAGAAGUUCAAUGGAAUCGCACAUAAAAAUGAUUAUUAUUGCUAGAUCUACUAUUACGGUUUAGGCCGUAAUUACUUGUAAUUUUUGUGGCAAAAACAGCAUCCACCAGAAAGUGAGCUCAGUGCCUUCCAGAAUGGACGGGGCUGAAGGGUCAGUGGUUCCUCUAGGUGAGGAUGUGAGGACCUGUAAAGGAGCAAGUGGCCAGGGCACCAGUGUAUCAGAGAGUGGAGCCAAUGGCGCUGCGGGGGACUGUGCUACAGAACAGGCUGAACAUUCCAAUGGUCUGUCGGAAAAGAUGUCGAAUCUAAACAGCAUUUCUUCUAGUGAUACUCCUGUGGAUAACACUCAGGAGCAAGACAGUGUCACUGGAGUCUGCAGGUCUCUGUCAGCUGAACCUGAAAUGGAGGUAGGCACGCAGCCUGUCUUUACAGACUUAGAAGGGAAAGUUGGUGACAAUGUGGAAGGCUCAGAGGAGUACAUCGAGGAUAUUAAGGAAACCUCUCCUAGUCCCUGCGAGUCCAUGGACUCCUUGAGACCUGGUGGCGACACUUCGAGGGAAAGCUCCGAGUGUCCUUCCUCACUUUCAUAUCGGGACAAUAUGAGCUCUCAGAUGUCUAUGGCUUCCUACCCUGGUGACAUAAGAAACACAACUCCAGAUCUCCCCAUGUCUAUGUCCAGAGAAUCGAGUUUUGCUUUCCUACGAGAAGAGUCUGUGGUAUCAAACAGUAGCUCCAACCAGGACAAGGAGGAGUUUUUGAGUGCACGAGAGUCCUUAGAGUCAUCGUCGUCAGCUGGUUCCUGUAGGUCUGGAGGGAACCUUGGAAUCAAACCCGGUGAACUAAUGAACCAGCUUGUGGAAGGGCCCCUCAUCACCUUACCACCUGCCCAGCUGUCGUCUGGUUCUUCCUCUGCUCCCAUUUCUUCGCCACAGGCCGAGUCUGCGGCCCCAACACCUUCGGGACAAACCCUCUCAGGCACACACGUACCACAAGCUCAGGGCACAGUUGAGGAGGCACAGCCUGCUCCCCCGACUCACCACCCGACAUACGCCGAGGUGGCUCACCACAGUGUUGGGUCCAACGCUCCGAGAUCCAGUGCCACGAGCGCUGGCGGUGACCAGGGCUCCACUGAUAAGUCAACACCUUCGUCUGCUCCCACUCAGGCUCCUAGUAGUGGCAGUACAGCUCAGAGCUCUGCAGCAACAGCAGCAGCCAACAAAGCGAGAGUGAAGAAGACUCCAAAUGACUUUAUAUUUGGGAAAGUUAUUGGAGAGGGUUCUUACUCCACAGUAUAUCUAGCCAAAGAGGUCAGCACUCAAAAAGAAUUUGCAAUCAAAGUGUGUGACAAGAAGCACCUGAUCCGAGAGAGAAAGACGCACUUUGUGAUGAGGGAGAAAGAGGUCUUGAUGAAACUUGACCAUCCUUUCUUCAUCAGACUGGCGUACACGUUUCAAGACCCUGAGCGUCUCUACUAUACAUUGACCUAUGCACGCAACGGGGAGCUCUUGGGAUACUUGCACAAGUUGUCGGCUUUUGACGUGCCCUGUACACGUUUCUACACUGCCGAGAUUGUCCUAGCUCUGGAGUACCUGCACUCGCUCGGCAUUGUCCACAGAGACCUGAAGCCUGAGAACAUCCUCCUGAGUGAAGACAUGCACAUCAAGAUCACAGACUUUGGGACCUCAAAGAUACUCUCCUCUGAUAGCAAGCCUGAAGUGAAACGUAAGAAUUCUUUUGUCGGCACCGCAGAAUACGUGUCUCCUGAAGUUCUGAACAACCAGCCAGCCAACUUUGGGUCAGAUUUAUGGGGUCUGGGUUGUAUAAUCUACCAGUGUUUGUCAGGAUCUCUGCCGUUUCGAUGUGGCAACGAAUACCAGACUUUUCAAAAGAUUGUGAAAGCUGAGUAUGACUUUCCAGAAGGUUUCCACCCUCAUGCGAAGGAUUUGGUACAGAAACUUUUGGUGAUAGAACCCGCGGACCGGCUGGGCAUGGCCGACAUGGGGGAUCUGAAGCGACACCCGUUCUACGAGGGUGUGGACUGGGAGAACCUGCCACAGAGCACCCCGCCAAAACUGAUGCCCUACCUGCCCGCCACCGCCAACAACCCCGAGUUCUGGGGCCAGGACCACCGGACUGGCUUUGAUGACCAGAGACUGGCAGAGAUAAUCACCGGGCAAGGAGUGGACGGCACGCAAUCCCCGGAGCUGGAGGAAGUGGUGCGAGCCCCCAGCCAGGUGGAGGAGGACGCGCGCAAGGAGAAGCUGGCCAAACAGCGGGCGGAGAACCCGUUCCACCAGUUUGUGGAGGACAACCUGAUCCUGCGGCAGGGCUUUGUGGACAAGAGAAAGGGUUUGUUUGCCCGGAAGCGCAUGCUGCUGCUGACAGAAGGCCCCCACUUGUACUACGUGGACGCCCACAACAAAGUGCUCAAAGGAGAAAUCCCGUGGUCCAAAGAACUUCGCCCAGAGGCCAAGAACUUUAAAAUCUUUUUCGUGCACACGCCGAACCGGACAUACUAUUUGGAGAGCAGACAUCCCGACGCCCAGCUGUGGGUGAAGAAGAUCCAGGAGGUGUGGAAGAAAUACUACGAUGCCGACAGCUAGCGACAUGACGCCCACCGUGAUGACAGUCAGUGGCGUAAUGACGACCGUGGCGCGCACAAUGGCGGCACAGGUGGCGACAACAACGACUGUUAUGACAGCCAGGGACAAGAUGCAACAUCCAGGUGCUACAGUCAGCAGUUGAUGACACGACAGCAUUACA